AUGGGUUCUUCUUCUAUAAGAGUCUACUUGGAAAUCUGUAAUAAGAAGGGAACCAAAAAUAUUGUAGCCGAUCAUUUAUCUAUGGUUGAGCAGGUUAAGGAAGUGGUAGAAAAUGGAGAAAUAAAUGAGAUAUUCCCUGAUGAGCAACUCAUGCAUCUCCGACAAGCUACCCACACACCAUGGUAUAAGGAUCAUGUGGAGAUUUUUUAUGUGUGGGAUUUUGAGUUUAUAUGGCAUUUUCCUUUUUCAUUCUCAAAUCAAUACAAAUUGGUGGCGAUCGAUUAUGUGUUAAAGUGGGUAGAAGCGGCACCUUUGCCCACUAAUAAUGCUCGAGUGGUAGUAAACUUUUUGAAGAAAAAUAUUUUCCCUCGCUAUAGCACCCCUCAAGCUAUCAUUAGUGAUGGAGGUAAACAUUUUUGUAAUCGCCUCUUCGACUCACUAUUGACAAAAUAUAGAGUGAAGCACCAUGUAGCCACCACUUAUCAUUUCCAAACUAAUGGCCAAGUUGAGAUUUCAAAUAGGGAGUUGAAGAGGAUUUUAGAGUUAACGGUCAAAAUUUUUGAAUACCCAUCCAUGGAUCUCAACAAGUUUGAAGGUGAAUUGUACAAAAGGUAUUAG